GCGGGGAGGGGCUGCUGGCGGGGGCGGGCGCGCGCCCCGACCGUUGCCGGCUGAGGCGGCGAUCGCCGUUACUCGCCGUUAUUCGCCGUUACGACCGUUGAGCUGAGGCGAUGCGCGGUGUCGCGGCCGGCGUCGCGGAGUGAAGAAGCCGUCGCCUCCGUUCCCACUCCCGCCGCCCCCCCCCCCGCCCUUUCCUUCCACCCGCCACCCUCCGCAGGCGGCGACAUGGGCGAGUGCGGAGCUCCCGGGGACGUGAACUCCAACGUGCUCGUCGCUCGCAGCACCGGCGACGCGCAGCUCGACAAGGCGGUGUGGCAGUGGCUGAGCUGGGACAAGAACCAAAAAACAAAAGAACAGAUUGAAAGCUUGUUACAGAAUGGAAAGCAUAAAGAGUUGCGGGAUCGUCUCUGCUGCAGGCUGACCUUUGGGACUGCUGGCCUUCGCUCUGCUAUGGGAGCAGGCUUUUGCUACAUCAAUGAUCUUACCGUGAUCCAGUCAACGCAGGGGAUCUACAAGUAUCUUGAGAGGUGUUUUUCAGACUUUAAGCAGAGAGGCUUUGUUGUUGGAUAUGACACACGAGGUCAGGUGACCAGCAACUGCAGCAGUAAGAAACUUGCCAAGCUCACUGCAGCAGUCUUACUGGCUAAAGAUGUACCCGUAUACUUCUUUUCCACGUAUGUCCCUACACCGUUUGUGCCCUACGCUGUUCAGCAGCUCAAAGCUGUGGCUGGUGUGAUGAUCACAGCAUCCCACAACCGGAAGGAGGACAACGGGUACAAGGUUUAUUGGGAAAAUGGAGCACAGAUCACCUCUCCUCACGAUAAGGAAAUUAUAAAAUGUAUAGAAGAGUGCGUCGAACCAUGGAAUGGCUCUUGGAAUGAGAAUCUAGUAGACACCAGUCCCCUUAGACGGGAUCCUCUGAAGAAAAUUUGUGACUGUUACAUGGAAGAUCUGAAAAAGAUCUGUUAUCAUAGGGAGCUAAAUGUGCAAACAAAUCUGAAGUUUGUUCAUACCUCUUUUCAUGGAGUGGGACAUGACUACGUGCAGUUGGCUUUCAAAGCGUUUGGCUUUCAGCCCCCCAUUCCAGUACCUGAACAAAAAGAUCCAGAUCCAGACUUCUCUACUGUCAAAUGCCCGAAUCCUGAAGAAGGAGAAUCUGUGCUGGAGUUGUCACUGAGGCUUGCAGAGAAAGAAAAUGCCAAAGUAGUAGUGGCCACUGAUCCAGAUGCAGAUAGACUAGCAGUGGCAGAACAGCGGGAAAAUGGCUGCUGGAAGGUGUUCACUGGCAACGAGCUGGCAGCUUUGUUUGGGUGGUGGAUGUUUUCUUGCUGGAAGGAAAACUGCUCCGAAGAUGCUGAUGUGAAGAAUGUUUACAUGUUAGCGACCACAGUCUCCUCAAAAAUUUUGAGGGCAAUUGCACUUAAAGAGGGAUUUCACUUUGAAGAAACACUCCCUGGUUUUAAAUGGAUUGGAAGUAGAGUGAAAGAUCUCCUGGAUAAUGGAAAAGAAGUUCUCUUUGCAUUUGAAGAGUCUAUUGGCUUCAUGUGUGGCACAUCAGUGUUGGAUAAAGAUGGCGUAAGCGCAGCUGUGGUCAUAGCUGAAAUGGCAGCCUACCUGGAGAGCAAGAACCUGACACUAGCACAGAAACUCAUUGAGAUAUACGAAACGUAUGGAUAUCACAUAUCAAAGACGUCCUAUUUCUUGUGCUAUGAUCCUCCUACUAUCAAAAGGAUAUUUGAGAAACUUCGGAACUUCGAUGACCCUCAGUCUUAUCCAAAAUUUUGUGGUAUUUACAAUAUAUUACACGUACGAGAUAUUACCACUGGCUACGAUAGCAGCCAGCCAAAUAAGAAAUCGGUGUUGCCGGUGAGUAAAAGCAGUCAGAUGAUCACUUUUACAUUUCAAAAUGGUUGCGUUGCCACCCUUCGGACAAGUGGAACAGAACCAAAGAUCAAGUACUACGCAGAAAUGUGCGCGCUGCCCGAACAGAGUGACAGAAGCGUGCUGGAAGAAGAACUUCAGAAGCUUAUUGAAGCUUUGAUCGAGAAUUUCCUUGAACCUGAUAAGAAUGGACUGAUCUGGCGCUCUGCUUAGAUCGCCUGGAACUGGUGUUCAGAGAAGUGACCGCCUGCACUGCGUCGUGUGAAACAAAGGAACCAAGAACAGAACUCACUUUAAUACGUGUGUGUGUGUGUGUAUGUGUGUUUAAACAAACAGCUACAUUUUUAUUCUAUAAAGAAGCAGCACUCUUUUGUCAGGCUUUUCACCAAAGUCUGGGCGAGAAAACUGGGAUGAGGAGGGGAAGUGAGAGAAAAGGGCGGAAUUUAUUAUUAUGAUUUUCUGUUCUUUUGACCAAAAGACUAACUAACACACACCAAUGCAAAUGAACCGCCCUAGUGGGUUUAAGGCAGCCCAUCUUAGCCAGUAGAUCUUGUCUUAAACUAAUUUCAGGCACCCAAUACCUUUUGUGUGAAGAGGUUUUAAAGUUGGGUAGUCGUAGUAUUUGAAGGAAGUGAUUGCUCCAGACUGACAAAAGAGCCGCCUUCUUCCUAGCUGUUGUGUGCGAGUGUAGGUAUUGCUGUUAGCGGUCUUAAUUUCCAGACGUGUUGAAGUAGAGUUCAGCGCUUAGCGUUUCUUGUUGAGUCAUAUUGAACAACUUGCCAUUUUUCAGCUACUUAAGUAUCCUUCUGUUGUUAAAGGUGCUCUUGGUGCAUUGUAUCUUUCCUGUGUGUAUCUUAAAAUAUUUACUUGAUGGUGAAACAAUAGUGGCAACACAUGCAGUUCCACUUGCGGCUGGGUUUUGAAUUUCAUAGUGCCUUUCCAAGGCUUCCAAAGGAGUAGCAGUGUGUCCGUUCCUUGGUUCAGUUGCCCAUUCUAACUCCUGUAGGCUUUGUAACCAUUUUUUGUCCCACAUCCUUGAAGGGACUUCAGCUUUUUCUUUAAAUAAAGGUUUCAGAAAUGUAGUAUCUUUGUAUGAAAAUUCCAGUUAGUGACUUUUUUUUUUGUUUUGAUGGCUUGAGUUCAUGCUGUCUAUUUAGAAAAAAAACAGAAGGGAAGAAAGUGAAGGUGAGAUGCUGACACCCUUGAUUUUUUUUUUUCUUUCUCUUUUUGUUUUUUACUAAAUCAUGAUAUUUUUUCUCACAUCUUGUAAACUAAUUUCUUUGCAAAUACUAUUAUACUUUAUCUUUUAGAGCACAUUUUUAACAACUUCCCAUUACCUGUUUCCUACCUUUGAGCAGAAAGCGAUACUGUUAAUCAUUUUUUCAAAAAAAAAUAGACCAAUACAGAAAUUCUCAUGUAGGUAUCUAGGAUUUCAGGAAAUAAAAACCAUGUUUUGGCACAGAAAAGCUGUGGAAAAUACUUUAACUGAAAGAACCCUUCAAGAAAAACUGCGUAUUGAUUAACCGAGAAUAAUACUUGUUAAUGUGGGCUACUAAAUUGCUAAAAUAAGCCUUCAGAAUAAAGUCAGUGACAUUCUGGACAUCUCCCCCUAUCGCUUCACAGUAAUUAGAUAAAACAGAUAAAACGAACACUUAACCUCUGUAUUGAAGGUUCUCCUCCUGUAACCUAAGAUGCACUUAAGUAAAAGCCGUUGUUUUGCCACUAUUGUUAAAUCUCUCCAUUUGUCCUCCAUCUUAUUAUUAUACCCUUACAGCUUGAUGCCGUAGGAUCGCGCAGCGUGGGUGUGUGUGUGUCGCAUCUAGGUGGCUUUAAAGAGCACCGAGGUUUCUGUGUCCGUGCGGGUAUCGGGUAUUUCAUGCUGACAGAAGCUUUGCACUAUCACCGCCGUUGAGUAUUUUGCUGUAUGUGAAUGUACAUGUACUGCAGAAGGUCUGUGUUGCACAAAUUCUUAUUUGCCGCUGAUAUUUAUUUAUUUUUUACUUUAAGAGAAAAUAUUCCCAAAUUGUUCUGCAAUUGAGUGAAACGUAUCUAAUGCCAAAAACCCUUUUUUUCCCUUGCUUGUACAUUUGACUGAUGGGGGGGAAAAUGGGUGAAAGCAUUUACACUUAGAGUAUACUCCUGUUGUUGUACAGUGCUGGGUAGGUCUCGGAAGGUGCGAAGGCAUUUCUGACUGCUGCUUCGUCUUCGGUUUUCACGAGAAGGUGCAGAUCUGGAUCCUGACUGCACUGAACUUGAAGGAGGCCUUGCCGUUUGUUCCGCUGGCAGCGUAUUAAAGCCGUCGGCGUUUUGGAUUUUUGUUUCUAGACAGCCUGCUGGUAGCUCAGAAGAGAAGAAGUGAGUAGGAACAUUAUUUUGAAGAGAAGCAAACACUGUAAAAAGCAUAAGCGUGUGUGAUGAGGCCAGCUGUGUGCGUAUUGUAGCAGUUAGCUUAGGAGUUACGUCUUAGGAGCACAAAGAUAACUCACACAAAGAGUGGGAAUCUGCAAUUUCCCGGAGAGAUCUGCUUGAUCUCAGUAGGCAAGUGUUAGAAAUGCAGUAUGGAAGAAAAUCGUGAUUAUGUUUCCAAAUCGGCAUUCUUAGAAGUCGGUAACUGUUCAUACUCUAAAUAUGUUUAAUAAAAAACAAAUACAGGGAGUUAAGUAUCUGGGAUUCUUCUUGUCGAUAGACUUGAGCAGUAAGUUCUAGACAUAGUAGUGCUUUUGGAAUGACAGCAACAGGCACAAUGUGUUGAAUGUAUUUUAAGGGUAUAAUAACUAUUGCUGUUUUAAAACUGCUGCUACCAUUGUUUUCCUACUGUAUUUGAACUGUUUGAUAUAUUUAUACUGUUGCGUUUGUGGAGCUCCUCCUUUAUCUCUUCCCUCUGAUCUCGCUUCCCUUACUUCUGUUACUGUGAAGGACUUUAAUCUCUUAUUCCAUCGCCCUGUACACUGUUAUACAUCGUGUUAGAGUUUGGGCUCGUGCACGACCUUCUCUCAGUUGUUAUCUGUUCUUUACUACUUUUCAGAUAAGAACAAAGGCUUUUCAGACUUGAGUAGGAAGCAGAUAAUAGAUCAAAGUGCAUUGUGGAUGCUGUUUACUAGGCGCUUCCAGUUAAAGUACGCCUUUCCGAAGGUUGGUCUACAAGUCAUCGUUGGCUUAAACUGUAAUCAUGGAGCCAAUGAUUUGCUUUUAGCAUUUGAUAAAAUUAGGAGGGCUUGUUUUUUGUCUUUUCCCUUUUUGAUGUGACAGGCUUAAUCUCUGUCUCGCUCAGCUGCAGCUCGAAGAAGCCAGCUUUCCCUUGGGCUGCAGGAGAACUGGGGUCUUGCCUGCGUAGGUCUCCCAAUUCCCAUCACUUUAAAUACCCAGCUCUUCCUUUUGAGGAGGGGAAAUUCUUAUUUGUGUCAUCCCCGGGCUAAAUUAAGAAUUGGAAUUCUGUGUGUUUCUGUUUCGGACGUUGGGGUGACGUACGACAUGCAGUACGCACUGCCUGGGGCAGCUCUGGGCUAACCUCAAGCUGUCGCUGUGUCUCUGCUUGCAGGAUACCUGCGUGUUGAAAUUUCUGGCGUUAUCCCCUGGUGUUAGCGGUACUCGGGUAGCACUUUGUGCCCCCUCUCCGUCUGGCUCCUGAAGUAUUAGGGAUUUCAGUUUCUUUUUUAUUCGAGGGAGCGUGUUUGUGCGAAACUGCCAGAGUACUGAGGGAGAGGCCACAGGGUGGAAUGAUGGUUUCUGUCAUUUGGGGCAGGGUGGAAUGUGUGGUCUGCCUCAGAAAGCACUUCCAAAAGCGUUAGAAAGCACUUGGAUCUUCUCUUUAAUUUGAAAACUAUUGUUGUCAUCACUUCAUUUUGUCUUUUCCCCCCUUUUUGCCUUCUCCUCUCCGCAAGUAAGAGAGGGGGACUCUCUGCAUGGCGGCGCCUGGAUGAUCAGAGUGUGCACAGCACAUUCUCCAUCCUCCCCUGCCCUUUGCGUGCUCGUGAGUAGCUUUGUACGAGGUGACUGAGGUAUCUGAAGCUGCGUCGUUCUCCUUGUCUGGAAUCCUGGGGAGUUCUGGAUCUGUACUCUUGUUUACCCGGUGUCAGUUCUUCUGUAAAAGUAGGGCAUAUUACAAAUACAGAGUGAGAAUUUGCACUUUUCUGAAGUAUUUCUCUGUGUGUUGCUAUGUGGAUUUAGCCGAAUGAAGUGUUAUAAGUAAUAAAAUAUUCUCUUCGUAGUAGCAA